GUUCAUGAGUCCAUCUUCAUCCAGCGAUACAAUCAUAAAAUAAAUAGUUAUGUGCCUUUUUUUUGAGUUUCAAUUGUUCUAAAUCAGAUGAAAAAAGCAUCGAGGAAUCGUGUAAAUAGUGUUGAUUGUUGUUUUUUGAACAAAUAAAGAGGACAAGUGUGAAAAGAGUUAUUGAUUGUGAGGCAUAUCCCUCUUUGCCACACCCCUCGGCCAUUUUGGUCAUUGGAACUAUUGGAGGAUUCCAGGCCAAAAGUUGGAGAUCCAAUAAUUCGGGAUGGAUCAAAUCACCCCGAAGGAGGUGAAAAUCCUCGAAAACCCGGAGGAUAUUCAAGAAAGAAGAGAACAAGUUCUUGGGCGUUAUUCGAAUUUUAAAUCAGAAGCACGAACGAAACGAGACAGACUUGAGGACUCCCGUCGCUUUCAGUAUUUUAAGCGAGAUGCGGACGAACUCGAAGGAUGGAUUUACGAAAAACUGCAAGCAGCCUCUGACGAGAGUUACAAAGAUCCAACCAAUCUGCAGGCAAAAAUUCAAAAGCACCAAGCUUUUGAGGCAGAAGUUGCGGCACAUUCCAACGCCAUUGUGCAGCUCGAUAAUACCGGUUCCGAGAUGAUUGCUCAGCACCAUUUCUCCAGCGAUGUCAUCCGAAAAAGACUGGAGGAACUGCAUCGCCUAUGGGAACUGUUGCUUUCUCGUCUGGCCGAUAAGGGCCUCAAACUCCAGCAAGCUCUCGUCCUCGUCCAAUUUAUUCGUCACUGCGACGAAGUCAUGUUCUGGAUCAACGACAAAGAGGCUUUCGUGACAACCGACGAGUUUGGCCACGACCUCGAGCACGUGGAAGUCCUCCAGCGGAAAUUCGACGAGUUCCAGAAGGACAUGGCCAGUCAGGAGUACCGUGUCACAGAAGUGAACGAGCUGGCGGACAAACUCUUGCUUGACGGACAUCCUGAGCGCGACACCAUUCUCCGUCGGAAGGAGGACUUGAACGAGUCCUGGCAGAGACUGAAGCAACUCGCGAUUCUACGUCAGGAGAAGCUCUUCGGUGCUCACGAAAUUCAGCGAUUCAAUCGGGACGCUGAUGAGACAAUGGCUUGGAUCGCCGAGAAAGAUGUUGUUCUUUCGUCGGACGAUUUUGGCCGCGAUCUCGCGAGCGUGCAGACCCUGCAACGAAAGCAUGAGGGCAUUGAGCGCGACCUGGCGGCUCUGGACGAUAAAGUGGCAACAUUGAGCGCGGAGGCUGACAGACUGGCGGGAAUUCAUCAGGCCGAUCAUUCCCAGCAAAUCCAGGCGAAGCGGAUUGAGAUUCUCCAGUCCUGGGAGAGUCUCACGGGCAAGGCGAAGGAGCGACGAUUGAAGUUGGAUGAGUCCUACUAUCUGCAUCGGUUUUUGGCCGAUUAUAGAGAUUUGGUCUCGUGGAUGAACGACAUGAGGGCGAUUAUUUCCGCGGACGAGUUGGCCAAGGAUGUGGCGGGCGCCGAGGCGCUUUUGGAGAGGCAUCAGGAGCACAAGGGCGAGAUUGACGCUAGAGCUGAUAGUUUUGAUUCUACGACCUUGGCAGGAAACCAGCUUUUGGAACGAAAGCACUAUGCAGCGGAAGAAGUGGCUCGUAAGUUAGAAUCACUCGCCGAGGACAAAUCCGCGUUGUUGAGCCUCUGGGAGAAGAGGCGAAUUUUGUACGAGCAGUGUAUGGAUCUGCAGCUCUUCUAUCGCGACACUGAGCAGGCUGACGCUUGGAUGGCCAAACAAGAGGCUUUCCUCUCGAACGAGGAUCUCGGCGACUCACUCGACAGCGUCGAAGCCCUGAUCAAGAAACACGAGGACUUUGACAAGAGUCUCGCGGCCCAGGACGAGAAGAUCAAGGCCCUCGACGAGUUUGCCGGGAAGCUGAUUGAAGGGGAGCACUACGCGGCCGACGAUGUCGCUCAGAGGAGACUCUCGCUCCUCGAGAGAAGGUCCAUUCUCCUCGAGAAGUCGGCGCAGAGACGACAGACGCUCGAGGACGCCUACAGACUCCAGCAAUUUGAGCGAGACUGCGAUGAGACCAAGGGUUGGAUCUUCGAGAAGCUCAAGUUUGCCACUGAUGACAACUAUCUGGACCCGACCAAUCUCAACGGCAAAGUGCAGAAGCAUCAGAACUUUGAGCAGGAACUGAAUGCCAACAAGACCCGCAUGGACGAGCUCGUGUCGACCGGCGAGGAGUUAAUCGAGCGAGAGCACUACGCGACUGAUCGGAUCCGCUCGAGAACCGAUGAGAUUCUCUCACUCUGGUCGAGUUUGGCGCACGCCUCGGACAAGAAGGGCGCCAAGCUGCAGGAGGCCUCUCAGCAGCAGCAGUUCAAUCGCACCGUCGAGGACAUUGAGCUCUGGCUCUCGGAAGUUGAGGGACAACUCAUGUCCGAGGACUAUGGAAAGGAUCUGACGAGUGUGCAGAAUUUGCAGAAGAAGCACGCGCUUCUCGAGGCCGAUGUUGCGUCGCACUCUGACAGGAUCGAGAGUAUCGCUCAAGCUGCUGAGAACUUUGUCAGUAAUGGCCAUUUCGACGCUGACAAUAUCAAGGCGAAGCAGGAUCAGCUGCAGGGUCGUUAUUCUGCCCUGCAGAGACCCAUGAGUAUCCGCAAGCAGCGACUUUUGGACUCUCUUCAGGUUCAACAACUCUUUCGUGACAUUGAGGACGAGGAGGCCUGGAUCCGAGAGAAGGAGCCAGUCGCCGCAAGCACAAAUCGUGGCCGUGACUUGAUUGGAGUUCAGAAUCUGCAAAAGAAGCACCAAGCCGUCCUCGCCGAGAUCAACAAUCACGAGCCGCGAGUCGCGACUGUUUGCCAAGCCGGGAACAAAAUGUUACAGGAGGGACACUUUGCGGCUGAGGAAAUCUCGCAGCGUCUGACAGCGCUGGACGAGCACUGGGGCUCGCUCAAGGAGAAGGCUCGUCAGCGAAAGCAAGAUCUGGACGACUCUCUCCAGGCGCAUCAGUACUUUGCCGAUGCCAACGAGGCCGAGUCCUGGAUGAAGGAGAAGCGACCAAUUGUGAUGAAUGCGGACUAUGGCAAGGACGAGGACAGCUCGGAGGCUCUGCUGAAGAAGCACGAGGCGCUUGUGAGUGACCUGGAGGCAUUUGCGAGCACGAUUCAAGUUCUGCGGGAGCAGGCCGCGGCCUGUCGGCAGCAGGAGACGCCGACGGUCGACAUCGCCGGGAAGGAGUGUGUCGUGGCGCUCUACGAUUACGCGGAGAAAUCGCCGCGCGAGGUGUCGAUGAAGAAGGGCGACACCCUGACUCUGCUCAACUCGAACAACAAGGACUGGUGGAAGGUGGAGGUGAAUGACAGACAGGGAUUUGUGCCGGCGGCCUAUGUGAAGCGCGUCGAGCCCGAGGCUGGAUUGACCGCCUCGCAGCAGAAUCUCGCGCGAGAGCAGAGUUCGAUUGCGGCGAGACAGGCGCAGAUUGACGCCCAGUAUGAUGAUUUGAUCAGGUUGGCGCGAGAGCGCCAGGACAAGUUGAAUGAGACGGCCAAGGCUUAUGUGCUGGUACGAGAGGCGGCGGAACUCGCCACCUGGAUCAAGGACAAGGAAAAUCAUGCCCAGGUUCAAGAUGUCGGGGAAGAUUUGGAACAGGUCGAGGUGAUGCAGAAAAAGUUUGACGACUUCCAGGCAGAUCUGAAAGCCAACGAAGUCAGAUUGGCCGAGAUGAACGAGAUUGCCGUUCAGCUGAUGAGUCUUGGACAGACCGAGGCGGCCUUGAAAAUUCAAACGCAGAUUCAGGACUUGAACGAAAAGUGGACGAGUCUGCAGACCCUGACAGCGGAGAGAGCCAGCCAGCUUGGAUCGGCUCACGAAGUCCAGCGAUUCCAUCGAGACGUGGAUGAGACCAAGGACUGGAUUCGUGAGAAGGACGCAGCCUUGAAUAAUGACGAUCUCGGGAAGGAUCUGAGAAGUGUCCAGGCGCUCCAGAGGAAGCAUGAAGGACUUGAGCGAGAUUUAGCGGCUUUGGGUGACAAGAUCAAGCAGCUCGAUGAAACGGCUAAUCGUUUGAUGCAGUCGCAUCCGGACACGGCCGAGCAAACUUACGCCAAGCAGAAGGAGAUCAAUGAAGAGUGGACUCAGCUGACUGCCAAGGCCAAUAAUCGGAAGGAGAAGCUCCUGGAUUCUUAUGAUUUGCAGAGAUAUUUGAGCGACUAUAGGGAUCUGAUGGCCUGGAUUAACUCGAUGAUGGGACUUGUCGCUUCUGAGGAACUUGCUUCCGAUGUUACCGGCGCUGAGGCUCUGCUUGAACGUCAUCAGAGCCUGAUGUCAGAGAUGGACGCGCGAUAUGGCAUCAUUCCGGAGGAGCAUCGUAUGGAAAUUGACGCGAGAGCCGGAACUUUCCAAGCUUUUGAGCUUUUCGGUCAGCAGCUCUUGCAAUCAAGCCAUUACGCGAGCGUUGAAAUCCAGGAAAAACUGGAAUCCAUGUCCGAGGCUCGCCAGGAACUCGAGAAGGCCUGGAUCCAGCGUCGCAUGCAGUUGGACCAAAACCUGGAACUCCAGCUUUUCUGCCGCGAUUGCGAACAAGCCGAGAACUGGAUGAGUGCCCGCGAGGCUUUCCUUAGCAGCGCCGACACGGUCGACAGUUCCGACAAUGUUGAAGCUCUCAUCAAGAAACACGAGGACUUUGACAAAGCCAUCAAUGCCCACGAAGAGAAGAUUGCUGCGCUUCAAACUUUGGCGGAUCAGCUGAUCGCAGCCGAGCAUUACGCCUCCAAGCCAAUUGAUGACAGACGCUGUCAAGUUUUGGAUCGCUGGCGACACUUGAAAGACGCCCUCAUCGAGAAGCGAUCGAAACUUGGCGAAUCGCAAACUCUUCAGCAAUUCUCGCGCGACGCUGAUGAAAUGGAGAACUGGAUCGCCGAGAAACUGCAACUUGCGACUGAGGAAAACUACAAAGACCCGGCCAAUAUUCAGUCGAAACAUCAGAAGCACCAGGCCUUUGAAGCCGAGUUGGCAGCCAAUGCUGACCGGAUCCAGUCAGUGCUGGCGAUGGGUGGAAAUCUGAUUGAGAAGCGUCAGUGUGCCGGUUCAGAGGAUGCGGUUCAGAAACGCCUUGCUUCAAUUGCCGACCAGUGGGAGUAUCUCACCCAGAAAACCACCGAGAAAUCAAUGAAAUUGAAGGAGGCGAACAAGCAGAGAACCUACAUUGCAGCCGUUAAGGAUUUGGACUUUUGGCUCGGAGAAGUCGAAUCGCUCUUGACGUCGGAGGACGCAGGAAAGGAUCUGGCAUCCGUGCAAAACUUGAUGAAGAAGCACCAGCUUGUCGAGGCGGACAUCCAGGCUCACGAGGAGAGAAUCAAGGACAUGAACUCGCAGGCGGAUUCCUUGAUUGAGAGUGGACAAUUUGAUGCGGCCGGUAUUCAGGAGAAGCGACAGAGUAUCAACGAGAGAUACGAGAGAAUCAGAAACCUGGCGGCUCACAGACAAGCGCGACUCAAUGAGGCAAACACACUUCAUCAGUUCUUCCGCGAUAUUGCAGAUGAAGAGUCCUGGAUCAAGGAGAAGAAGCUGCUCGUCGGCUCCGACGAUUACGGUCGCGAUCUCACCGGAGUUCAAAAUCUGAAGAAGAAACACAAGCGUUUGGAGGCGGAACUUGGCAGUCACGAGCCGGCCAUCCAAGCAGUGCAAGAGGCUGGAGAGAAACUGAUGGAUGUUUCGAAUCUUGGCGUUCCGGAGAUUGAGCAGCGUCUGAAACUCUUGAAUCAAGCCUGGGCUGAGCUGAAACAACUCGCGGCAAACAGAGGACAGAAGCUUGACGAGUCGCUGACUUAUCAGCAAUUCUUGGCCAAGGUUGAAGAGGAGGAAGCCUGGAUCACGGAGAAACAGCAGCUGCUCUCGGUUGAGGAUUACGGUGACACGAUGGCGGCAGUUCAGGGUCUCUUGAAGAAACACGACGCCUUCGAGACGGAUUUCGCGGCUCAUGGAGACCGCUGCAAGGACAUUUGUGAAGCGGGAGAGGCGCUGAUUAAAGCUGGCAAUCAUCGGGCUGAUUCUAUCGGUCAACGAUGCAAUCAACUCCGGAAUAAACUGGAACAGCUUGGAUCUCUCGCUGCGAGGCGGAAGACUCGUCUCAAUGACAAUUCCGCCUAUCUUCAAUUCAUGUGGAAGGCGGAUGUUGUCGAGUCCUGGAUCGCUGACAAGGAGACUCAUGUUCGCUCGGAAGAAUUUGGUCGCGAUUUGUCGACUGUUCAGACCCUAUUGACGAAACAGGAGACCUUUGAUGCCGGCCUUCAUGCUUUCGAGCACGAGGGAAUACAAAAUAUCACGACCCUGAAGGAGAUGCUGGUGGACGCUGGUCACGAUCAGACUCCCAGUAUUCAGAAACGUCACGCCGAUGUGAUUGCUCGUUGGCAGAAACUGUUGGCCGAUUCCGACGCGCGGAAGCAGCGCUUGUUGAGAAUGCAGGAUCAGUUCCGGCAGAUUGAGGAGCUGUAUCUGACCUUUGCGAAGAAGGCUUCCGCCUUUAAUUCCUGGUUCGAGAAUGCCGAGGAGGACUUGACGGAUCCCGUGCGCUGCAACAGUAUCGAGGAGAUUCGAGCCUUGCGUGAGGCUCAUGCCCAAUUCCAGGCGAGUCUCUCGUCAGCCGAGGCGGAUUUCCAGGCUUUGGCGGCCCUUGACAGGCAAAUCAAGAGCUUCAAUGUCGGGCCAAAUCCCUACACUUGGUUCACGAUGGAGGCUCUCGAGGAUACCUGGAGGAAUCUGCAGAAGAUCAUCAAGGAGAGGGAUGUGGAGCUGGCGAAGGAGGCUCAGCGCCAGGAGGAGAAUGACAAGUUGAGGAAGGAGUUUGCCAAGCAUGCGAAUGCGUUCCAUCAGUGGCUGGCGGACACGCGAACCUCAAUGAUGGAGGGUUCCGGCUCGUUGGAGCAGCAGUUGGAAGCGACGAAGAAGAAGACCCAGGAAGUGCGGGCUCGACGGCAGGAUCUGAAGAAGAUUGAGGAUCUGGGGGCGAUUUUGGAGGAGCACUUGAUUCUCGAUAAUCGGUAUACGGAGCACAGUACUGUGGGUUUGGCGCAGCAGUGGGAUCAGUUGGAUCAGCUGGGCAUGAGAAUGCAGCACAAUUUGGAGCAGCAGAUUCAAGCGCGCAAUCAAUCGGGCGUGAGUGAGGACGCUCUCAAGGAGUUCUCGAUGAUGUUCAAGCAUUUUGACAAGGACAAGAGUGGACGAUUGAAUCAUCAGGAAUUCAAGUCCUGUCUGAGGGCGCUUGGAUACGAUCUUCCCAUGGUGGAAGAGGGACAGCCUGAUCCGGAAUUUGAAAAUAUUCUAGAUAUCGUCGAUCCAAACAGGGACGGUUUCGUUUCGCUUCAAGAGUACAUGGCUUUCAUGAUCAGCAAGGAGACCGAAAAUGUUCAGAGUUCAGAGGAAAUAGAAAAUGCAUUCCGGGCAAUUACAGCAGCAGACCGUCCUUAUGUCACCAAGGAGGAAUUAUAUGCUAACCUCACAAAAGAAAUGGCGGAUUACUGCGUGGCACGGAUGAAGGCUUACGUCGAUCCAAAAACGGAACGACCAAUCACCGGGGCGCUGGAUUACAUAGAAUUUACUCGCACCCUCUUCCAAAAUUAAUUAUUAUUACAAAAAUUAAUUAUCAUAAAAAUUAAUUAUUAUGCCCUACAAAAAAAAUCGAUUUAGAGCAUCUUUCCUAUCAUAUAAUCAAGACUAAUAUUGCUUAAUAUUUGCACGACUAGUAUUGGGUCCCAAUCAUCUGUCUGGGACGUUUUUUCAUUUUUCUAGUGGAAUUUUUCACGCCUUUUUUUGGCAGCUUAUCGUAUGCUUUUUAUUAAUAUAUUUAUAUCAAAUAUUUCAAAUUUACUCACAGAUGAUAGAAGAAAAAAAGAAAAAGAGAUGAAAUAUAAAACUGUUGGUUCCAGAAGAGAUAUUACUUAUAUUUGGGUUUAUUUGCUUAAUAAAGAGAAAGAAUAUAAA